ACAUAGGGGCGUAUUGUGGAAAAUGUGAGGAAAUGUUUAUGACAAAAUGGUUACAGGGGAAUGUCGGUCUUCUCUUUUCGCCACAAUCACAAGCAUCAACUUCUAGGAUAGGCUACUUCAAACUUCGGCGUUGUCGUGAACGUCUUCACAACCGCGGCAACUCUUUUCUCGUGUCCUAGAUAAGAUAGUAUUUUCCUCUGGAACAAAACUUCCCAGUCUAAAGUACAUCCAUGUUUUUGCGCAACAUUAACCGGAAAUCAGGCUCUAGAUCUGCGUUCAGCCGACCCUUGGCUUGGCCAUUGCGGACGAGUAGAGUACGGAUGGACAUCAUACUCCAGGUCAAGUAGUCAACAAUUGUAUGCGCACCGUGAUCUUUCCAACUAUUCAACUCUUUUCAAAGAAGCACAUCCCAUGACGUGGGGAAAACACGCCCGAAGGCUUGUGCGAGGAGGUGACCGAACAAGCUCUGUAAGGUGCAGCUAAGCCUACAGUAGAAUGUCAACUGGAGAAUUCAUACGUGUGUUGGAGAAAGGAGAGGUGAACAUCCCAGCUGCAGUUAUCCUCUGCCACAAGGACUUUGGUGGGAAAGCCUUUCAGCGAGAGAGACUAUGGGAUGUCAGGGGAGUGGAGACGAGGCAUCAGCAGAGCCAACUGAACCACACGAAUAAUCCUUACAGUGCCUCUCCUCUCUCACAGCUGUCAAUCAGCGCAGACGAGCACACAAAUACAGACUUCUUCAAUGGAAGUGUGCAUUCUAACGAAGCCAGUAGCAGUGGUGAUAUUGAAUUGGAUAAAUCUCCCGACACACCCCCAUCACAGUUCAGCUCAGCGUUCCGCCACCACCACCACCACCACCACCACACCUCAGCAGAACAAGACCGGGCGGCCCCAGGUGUGGAGUUCAGGGAGUGCAGUCCUACAGGAGUGAGGGAACCAUACACUACAACAGGGGUGACUAAAGAAGAGCCUCUACAAAACAACCGUCUGGACGGGCAACUGGCCCGACACACUGCUGAGGAAGAGGUGCCAUCGCAUUUGGAGAAUGAACGGGAAGCAUCUACUCAAUCAGAGAGUGCGUCUGGAUCGCACCCCUUUGCUCAGGAUUUAACAGAUGGGACACAGGAACCUGUCACGUUAAAAAGACUCAGAGAACCAGAAGCCCCUCCUGCGCAAAACAAAGCGAGGGUCAUACACGUUAAGGUCACUAAAUUUCUGGUGUCCGGGAACCAGAAAAAACAGGGGCCUACGAACACAGACGAACAGAACGGUUCGGGUGAAAAGGUCAGCAGUGGGGGUCGACCAAUCGUAUGCAAGCUUCUAGAGCUCAAAGAGGAAACCCUUAUUCCUUACUCACAGAGUCCUGACUCGAACUCUAACUCUAAUUCUAACUCUGCAGCUGAUUUGGAGCACAGCUGCGAGGUUGACUCUCCCCCAGACAUGUUCACGUCUUCCGUCAUGACAGCACUUGUUCCCAACUGGAGCUCUCGGUCCAAGAAACAGAGACCGGGUGGUGGAGAUGUGAGUGGCAACAGCAACCCUGCCGGGCAGGAAGUGAAAAGAAGGGGACAGGAAGUCCCUACACCAUUGAGUCUCUUCGCUCGUCAUGUUGCCCAGCAACCGAUUAGUGGAGAGCCUAAGCCCCAAACUGGAGAUGUAUUUCCUGGGUUGAGCAAUAAGGAGAAUGCGCACUCCAUGUCAACCAGUGGCAGCUCUAUUGGCUCACUGACGGGGAGCAAUCUCUUUAACCUGAGAAACCGUGAGCCCGCGAAGCAACGUGUCUCACGGGCUUACUCUGCUGGUAUGACGGGAGGAAAGGCAGACGUCAAAACCGAGCCUGCCCAUCCCCUAACCUCACUGGGAGACACAGUGUUAAGGCCGGUGUCUCCCCAUUCUCAGGACCUGCGCUGGUCACGGACGGAUGGUCAGACGGCAACUAACCCAUUUUCCGCUGAUAUGAACUCAUCUUCUCCAACUCCAACCACUGGCAGCCUCCUCCUUUCCCUCAGGAAAAUGAAUGCCAGCUCCAAAAGCACAGGCUCGCCAUCCUCCCCAACCAGCUCCCUCACUGCUCACAACAAGAAGGGGAAUCGCAUGUCCCAGCCACUUUCCUUCGCGACACUGCAGAGGAACAGGGCGAAGCCAGAGCAACAACAACACCAACAACUAAGGUCAUCUCAGCCCAACAAUACCAUAAACAAACCGAAGGGGGGCACAGAGUUCUGUCCUUUGCCGUUUUCAUCCUCUGAGGAACGACACAGCGAGGGUUUGAGGCCCCGCCUGUUUCUGUAUCCCAACAACAACAAUUUCCACAUGAACACAUCAUCCACUUACAACAACAGCAGCUCAUCCACUUACAACACUACUUCCUGCAGCACUGACAGAGGGCUGUCUCCUACCUCACGGCAAUACAGCAAUGUCCUAAAUGCUACCAAAAACAGUCCUCUCAGCCCCACCCCAGGAACCAUGCUGAGGCGGCAACAUACUGUUGAGGGGGAGACUCUGCAGCAAGCCAAAACGUUUCACACCCCUGUAGUGAGACGCACUAUGAGUAACAUGGCUGACACUCUGAACAAUAACAACAGGGUUGGGACCAUGUUGUCUAAAGAAAACAUUGGCACAGGAACGCCCUCACACUCACACUCACGCUCUCACUCUCACUCCUCAGACAUGUACGGUGGUGUUUCCAGACCGUAUGAGACAGGCCUCAAUCUGAACACGUUGUCUCACCACCAAACAGACGAGAUGGCACUACGGAGUCCUCCAAGUUUAGCCAAUUUCAACAUAUACGGCAAAUCAAAUAGCUAUGUGGCACAGCAUUCAAAGACAAUUGAUGUGCCGUCUUUGUCCAGCAGGUCAAACAGGAGUGUAUCACCAGCUGUAAGUCCCCAGCUCAUCACCCCUGUGUCCCCCAGGGUAGACUUCACAGCGUCACGUCCGUCACCCAACCUUUCGUCACCUUUGCUGUUAAAAGAUUCCACAAAUAAAACUCCAUUAGUACAAGAGAGCACUGCAACCGGCCCAAGGCCUCUGUUCAUGAGAGAUUCAAACAUCACAGACAAUCCGCUCUUCUCACCUGAGAAAACUCACAGCCCACUUGAAAGGUCUUCCUCCUUCCCUUCGUGGCAAAGGAAGGUGGAGGAGCCUCCUGCAAACAUACAUCAGUCACCCUUCACUCAAGAUACAGUUGAGCGACCAGAUUCCUUGUCCCCAUCCAGACCCAGAGGUAUCUGUGCUCCGAUCACGUACUCUUCCCUCAGACAUAGUCCAGCCUCCCCCACUUCUCCAGCACCGAACUCCUCAGUCUUGCUCUCUCAAAGAAGAGAAGAUCCUUUCUCUCGGAAACUAUCUCCACCGCUGCCACAAGAACAGAGCAAAACCCUGUCAAAGGUGCUCGACUCUUCCAGCAGACAAAUUUCCAGCCCAGUGCAGAGAAAGAACCUUACAAAAGACAGCGGAUCUUCAAUCAGAAACUUCUCCAAACCUGAGCCAAAUGGAAACCUAAGAACAGGGUUUGAAACCUCCAGCAGACAUCUCCCCAGCCCAGCCUCACAGUUCACCUUCGACUUGAGUUCAACUGAGAGGCUGAGGUCUCUCUCAAAGACAGACUCUCCCGUAACCCCAGUCUCGGGAUCCACUCUCGGAUCCCCCUACAGUUCUAAAGAGAAAGAAAGGUCCCCCAUGACUUCUUCCUCACCUUACGAAAGCCUCCGCUCUUCAUGGUACAUUCCCAGCAGUAGUAGUGCCUCUCCUUCACCUGGGCCCCACCGGCUGGAGAGAUCUUCCUCUCUUGGCAGCACGCUGAACACAUUAGAAACCGGGGAGGUGGGCAGCACAUCACCAGUAUCGCCUUAUCUUCACUCGCCUUAUUUCCUGCUAAAAUUCUCAGAGGAGAAACCGAAAGCCGUUGACCUAUGGUCAACACAAGCAAUGCAGAAGCAACAGCAAAGAUCAACUAUGCCAAUAGUGACGCAGGGGAAUGUUAAUCAGGGACCAACUGCUACGCAGACUGUGUUAACCACACAGCACAUGUCACAUGCUAAAAGCCUUGAAAGCUUAUCCCCUUCUCAACUUUUAUGGUCACCUCUGGAAACUGGGACACAGGCGUUGAAACUACAGGAUGACAAGAGGACAAUGCUAAGAAAUGACACUGCUGAACAAGUAUCCAGAAUCCGUCCUGAGACAGAAAAAAAGACUCAGCAGCUUGAUCCCUCGGUGAGAAGCACUCAAACAGAGCGCAAACAGGAAAGCAAGGAUGUGACUGAUGCACAGGACCAGAAGUGGAGUUUGUUCCUGUCAAAGACACAGAGAGACAGUUCCUCUCAUGACAAGGAAAACAAACCCCGUGCACAGACUCUGGAGAGACCCAAGAAAAAAUCGCUAGGAAGUCCAUUUGAUGUGAUGUUGGAUCAGUAUAGACAACCACUGAGUGGCAAACACAAAGAUGAAGCAGCUUUGAAAACUGAAGACCCAUGUUUGCACCACAGAGAGACAUUGAAAUAUGGGGUCCAACCGUCACUCAAAGAUUCUACCUUGAACUCUCCAGUCUCCAAAAACAUGAUAAGCCCGGGUCUGGUAAUAUCAGACCAAGUAUCAACCAAACCGCCAAAAGGUAACAAGAGAGAUGAGUCACUCUCUAAGGUACCACAAAUGGGGGAGCAGCAAAACACUAAAAAUCAGAACCAAAGCCAUAGGACCAGCUACGUCAACCAGUAUGCCACCCUGCCAGCCAACUGGAGGACAAAGGCCAAAGGUUCCUCCAACCUCAGCAAUCUCAUGGAUUUUUACAAGGUUGACACAGACAGUGUGAAGAAUUUUUCUAGCACAAGCCAGCCAAGGAGGACAAAAACCACAUCCCUGUCUGAAUCGAAAAAUGACGGCCUCUCCAGCAAUGCGUUUGAUCAAGAUGGACUACUGCACCCAAGUCUGGGACUGUUGUCGUCUCAAACAGACAUUAAGUACGGUCUGAACCAGAAACGUUCCUUCUCUGUCAACAGUGUGCAGUCCAGCAGACCCUCGGGUCCUGGACGAAUCUCAAGGUCAAGCUCUAGGGCAAGCAGCAUCAGUGACCUUACGAGCUUGGACGACCUUGUGACCCUGGAGGCCUUAGGCACGCCAGACGACAAGCACAGCAGCAAAUACACCUCCCUUCAAAUCGGACAGAGCAACAGAUCACCUGAACGCAUUUGGAGUCCUGCAAAUCUGGAGAAAACUUCCUUCCCGUGGGACAAAGACUCUGACCCUACUCCCCCACCCUCUCCUCCUAUGUCGCACAGCCCCAGGCGCUUGUCAAAGGGCCCCAGCUCAUCUUCUCCAGGCAGUCGGACUUCUCCUCAAGAGAAUCUGUCAUCCCCGAGAGGGCACCUGCCAUCCAAGGGCUACGCCGUCAACCUGUCAGUGUUUGAGGAGUCCAGUUCUGACUGUGAUUCCACAACUGAUGAUGAGUAUUACCUGGAUGGGGAUGGCGACGAGACAGAACUGUAACUGUGUGUGGGGGGCAGGCGGGUGAUGGGAGCUCCAUCAUUGAGAUCUUUAGGUAGUUUCUCCUCAAACAGUCCAUCAAGACUGAGUCCUGUGUGUGUGUGUGUGUGUGUGUGUGUGUGU